AUGGCACCUAAAGUUUUUUUCCUCUUCUUUUUUGCCCUUUUUUUGUUUAACACAAUUAAAAGUCAGUCCAUGCCCAAAUUUACAUCAAUUCUUGUUUUUGGUGAUUCAACAGUUGACACUGGAAAUAACAAUUAUAUAUUUACUUUAUUCAAAGGCAAUCAUAUACCUUAUGGAAAAGACUAUUUUAACCAUGUAUCAACAGGUAGAUUUUCAAAUGGAAAAAUUGUACCAGACAUAUUGGCAAAUUUAUUAAAAUUAAAAAAAUAUGGUGUGCCACCAUAUUUAAAUCCAAAUUUAUUGGAAAAUGAUUAUAGAAGUGGAGUUUCUUUUGGAUCAGCUGGAUCAGGAUAUGAUGAUUUAACAAGUUUAAUUUCAGGUGUAAUUUCAAUGAGAAAACAAUUAGAAUAUUUUAAAGAGUAUUUGAAGAAAUUGAAUGAUUUUUUUGGAGAAAAAGAAAAAAAAAGAAUUGUGAAAGGUGCUUUGGUUAUGGUUAGUUCAGGGAGUAAUGAUUUUAUAUUUAAUUUCUAUGAUGUUCCAACAAGAAGGGUUGAGUUUAGUUUGGAGGUGUAUCAAGAUUUUCUUCUAGACAAGGUGCAAUGUUUUGUCAAGGAACUUUAUGAACUUGGAUGUCGAAAUAUUAUAGUGAAUGGGCUACCUCCAAUUGGUUGUCUUCCAAUUCAAAUGACAGCAAAAUCUCCACUCCAUAGAACUUGUAUUGAAAAAGAAAAUUCAGAUUCUCAAUCUUAUAAUAAAAAACUUGAAGAAUUAUUGCCACAUUUACAAGCACAACUUAGAGGAAGCAAAAUACUUUAUUUUGAUAUAUACACUCCUUUAUCACAUCUCAUCAAUAAUCCACAUGAAUAUGGAUUUGAAGAAACAAAAAGAGGUUGUUGUGGAAGUGGAUUAUUAGAAACAGGACCCUUAUGCACAAAAAAAUCUCAAGUGUGUUCACAUACCUCACAAUAUGUUUUCUUUGAUAGUAUUCAUCCAACUGAAUCAGCUUAUUACCAUAUUUCUGAGUAUUUUAUGAAGGAGAUUCUCCCAAAAUUCUCAAUUAUUGACAACUUUUAAUUUAUUAAAUUCAAAGAAAAUUUGUAAAAGAUAAAAUAAAAUUAGGUGUUAUUUGGCUUCUGGUUAAAAAGGGAAUUAUUCAUGUAUUUAAA